UCUGGGGGAGCGAGAGAGAGGGAGGAAGAGACAGACAGCAGCAUUGCACGCCGAUAGUCUUGUCAGAACUGCGCCGAUCUAAUGCGUCGCUCACAAACGAGCCAUUAACGCUCGCAGUCUUCAAAGUUUGGAUUUCCUCAUCCAUCCCGUGCGUAUUCUGUGCCAUUCCGAGCAGACGUCAGGUUUGGAAGAAAAUGAGAGUGGAUGCUGUCAUGCCAUUUGGGUGCCUUGCUCUGCGAGAUGGGCGGACAUACAAUAGCCUGUCAGACAUUACUGACAAAUACGAGAUUGGACAGGUCCUCAAGGCCAAAGAAUUUUGCGAGCUGUGCCUGGUAAAGGAACGACAGACGGACAAGGUCUAUGUGUGCAAGAAAUUCCUCAAGAAGGAUGGCAGGAAAGUGCGGAAGGCAGCCAAGAACGAGAUCAUGAUCUUGAAAAUGGUCAAACACUCAAACAUCCUGCAGCUGAUUGAUGCAUUCGAGACCAGGAAAGAGUUCUUCAUCAUACAAGAGCUGGCCACAGGUGGAGAUGUGUUUGACUGGAUCUUAGACCAGGGGAACUACACAGAGAGAGAUGCCGCCAAUGUGAUCCGUCAGGUCUUAGAAGCAGUGGCGUACAUUCACUCCCUCAACAUAGUACACAGGAACUUAAAGCUGGAGAACUUGAUGUACUAUAGAGAGAAUAACCACAACAAGGUCGUUUUGCGGGAUUUCUACCUGUCCAGGUUUGAGAAUGGCUCAAUCACCGAGCCCUGCGGGACACCCGAGUAUCUGGCCCCUGAAGUGGUGGCUCGUCAUCGCUAUGGAAGACCAGUCGAUUGUUGGGCAGUGGGGGUCAUUAUGUACAUCUUGUUGUCUGGAAACCCUCCGUUCUAUGAUGAAACUGAGGAGGAGAACACAGACAUGCACAACCGGAUAAUAUUCUGCCGCAUUGUUGCUGGAGAAUUUGAAUUUGAUUCACCAUACUGGGAUGAAAUUUCCCCUACUGCGAAAGAGCUGGUCUGCAGACUUAUGGAGGUUGACCCGAUGCUGAGAAUUACUGCACAAAAUGCCCUUUCGCAUGGAUGGAUCGCUGGAAAUGGGGCUUCGGAAAAGAAUCUGAAGGAAGGAGUCUGUGCUCAAUUUGAGAAAAACUUUGCAAAGGCCAAGUGGAGGGAGUUGAAGAAAGCGAUUCGUGUCACCACAUUCAUGCAGCGACUUCGAGCCUCUGAAGUGGGAUCUUCUGAUGGGGUAGUUGAAGGCCAGGGCGAAGAGGACAAAGCGGAUGGAUUAGAUGGUAAAGGGAUACAAACAGACUCAGGCGGCAUUUCUACUGUGAGCAUGUCCCAUGAGGUGUCUGUCGAAAGCAGACCUGUGGAGAAUCAAGAAGAGGAGAAAGCAAGACACCUAAAAGCAGAAGAGAAAGAAGCAGAGACCCUUGCCAGAUCAAACAGCUCUUUAAAAGUACAAGCAGGUGAGCUGAACAAAAACGAGACUACUGAAGGCACUUCUGAUAGGGAGGACAAACCAUCAACAAGAGCGAGCCAGAAAGCCAAGACCUCGGACAACCGAGAGAACAAUGUUCCCAAGGAGCCAGAGGCCACAACUGUUGGCAGUGUCGAAAAUAAAUCACCUUUCCCUGAUACUCCAAAUCGACGCACAAUGGCAGCCAAACUCUCAAUGGAUCAUGGCUCAUGUUCAGAUGCCAAAACCAGUACCUUGUCAGUGGGAAAGGAACCAACUCUUAAAUCAGAAAACAAAAAAGACACAGUCCAUGAUAUGGCUGCAAGUAGCUGGUGUCAAACACAGCUCCCGGAAGCAGUUGCAGAGAGUCCAGCAGAAGUAGGAGUGACUUGCGAAGUCAAUCCUAAGAGCAGAGAGUUGAAGAAAGGACGAACGGACAAGGGUUGCCAGUCAGUGAAAAACAUCCAGUGUACAUAUGCAGGAUUGGGAUCUUCAAGUCUUGGCUGUGAUAAAACAGUAUUUGAGCAGGAGCUGCAAGAGAUGGUCCAUGGCGCAUCAGGGUACGGUAGCCCGUACUGUCCAACUUACUCUGUCGGACAGUACGGUGGCCUGGAUCCUGGAAGUGGAGCGAGUGCAGACUGGCAAAUGGAUUGUGUAAUCGAACAAAUUGAAAAGCAAAUGGCUGCCGUGUUAGAGAAGAUCGAGGGGGACAUGCCUUCAUUGCUGGAGCAGAUCAGCGACCAUCCCGAGACCCUUCCGAGAGCAAAGAGCGCCAGCUCUUCCCCAUCACCCCGACCUCGCUCGCACCAUCAUUCGACCCCACCGCCCCUUCCCACCACACCUCGCCCAGCAAUGCCUUCUCUACAACACCUGACCAUCCCGCCUCCCUCAUACCCACCACCUUCCCCACCCAGUCACAUCCAGGGUCACAGCCAUCCAACUGCCGACGAGGGUAACAGUGAUGGCCAGAAGUCUACAAAGCGGUCUGGCCAAUCACCAAGGGGAAGUUUGUCAGGAACAGGGUUGUAAAUAUGCUAAAAGGAUGUGAAUGCUCAAGAAUAAAGUAGGUACGGCAUGUAACAAAAAAAUCUUUGGGAUAUGGAUUAUGGAUCCAUGAGUACAGCAUACCUUUCGGGGCUGUACAAAGAUCUAUGGGCUCCAAUGCAAAGAGCCUUGUUAUUGAUUUUAUGUGAAGGAUAAGAAGCUUUUUUUAAUGUAUGAAGAGGAAAGUGAGCAAACUGAACACUAUUUUGUAAUAUUAGAGAAAACAGUUAAGGUUAUCCCACUUUAAAUGGUUGUAAAUGGCUCUGCUCUACACUACAAAAUCAUUGCAAACACUAUUAUGUUUCCUAAAUAAUUUCAUAAUUAUAACGUAGAGUCUGUGGAUACAGUUUGGAUACAAGAGUUUAUAUAACCUGAAAAUUCACCUUUAAUGAAACUUGUUUCCUUAAAACAAGUUGGCAUCCUGCUCUGUUUUGGAGAACCGCUGCACAAUUGCUCUUCACCAGGUACUGACUUUGGAGGGUGUUAUUAUUUUUGUCACUUCAUCCAUCUUGGAUUUUUUCUCUGAGAUAGUGAAGUUGAAGCAGUCCAUCUGUGUACUCUCAUCAAUCAUUUACCUUCUGUAAUAUUUCCAAUAAGACUAUUUCAUUUAUCUUUCUUAUUGUAUAUUCUCGCAUUGUACAGCAGUUUCUAUACGUCUCUGCCAAACAUGACAGUCUUUCAUUGAUUGAGAAUAAUAAUGCUCAGAGGGCGAGAAUUGAUCAUAACUUCAAGACUACUUUAAAACUAUAUUCUCUUUCCUGGCCUUUUUUUCCGCUGUUGUAUGUGUCCAUCUACGUGUUUGUUUGAUUCUCAUUCUCUUACUCUAUUUUCUCAAUUUAUGAUGCAUACUAGUAUAUCUUUACAUUGUAAAGUACUUUUGCUAAUAUAUCCUAAAGUAAGCUCUAAUGUCUAUAUGUAAAAUCCUCGCAAAUGUCUGUGAACUGUAACUGUGGCUUCCACCUCCCCAAUUAUUAUAUAGAUUUUGGUGAUGUGAAUAUUAUUCCAAGUUAUUUUUUGC